AUGCCUGACGAAACGGAAGAGAUGGAGGUGAGUGAAGGUGACGAUUGUCAGAAAGAGAUCAGCGUCACGCAAGGAGAGAUAUUGAAAUUCACAUCGGCUGCGCUGAAAUAUGCUAGCAAAAGUGGGAAGAAAUUGAAAGACUGCAAUAAAUACGCACGAAUCGGUGAAAAAUAUCAUUUACGUUUCAAGAUGAUCAAAUGUAAUCAAGCGCUUGUAAAGACAAUAUUGCACAGCUAUGGAUUUGAACAGUGCUCUUCAAAAAACUCAAAUUGCAAUAUCAUCUGGACCGGUUCACAUUUGAAACCGCAUGUUUUGCGUUCUAUGGCAUCAUGGCAGCGUGUGAAUCACUUUCCAAAAAGCUUUCUGCUGACGAGAAAAGAUAAGCUAUACGAAUGUCUGGGACGGGCUCAGACCUUAUUUGGAACUUCCUACGAUAUUAUCCCGGAAUUUUUUGUCACCCCGAAAGAUUAUCAGAAAUUUGUUGAUCAUUUCAAUGGACAAUCUCACGGUUUGAAACCUUUUAUCGUAAAACCGGUUGCUUCUUCACGUGGCAAUGGCAUUUUUAUUAUCCAGAGCCCUGGAGAUAUACCACUCGGAUCUCCAAUGUUGGUUUCACGUUACAUCGAAAAUCCAUAUCUGCUCAACGGGCACAAGUUUGAUUUGAGAUUAUAUGUAUUAGUGACGUCAUUUUAUCCAUUGGUUGCUUAUAUGUACAGUGAAGGACUUGCACGGUUUGCUUCGGAAAGAUACUCCAGUAGUGCAAAAAGCUAUGAGCAACGCUUUUCGCAUCUUACCAACUAUUCACUUAACAAAAACAAUGGAAAAUUUAUCAGGAAUGAAAGUGCUAAUACUGAGGAUAGUGGUCACAAGUGGACAUUAGGUGCCCUACUCCGAAAAUUGCAGACUAAUGGAAUAGAUACAAACUUGCUGAUGGUACGUGUGGAAGAUGUCGUAUUGAAAGCUUUAUUCUCUGUACAAGGACAAAUCGCGGCAGCGAGUAAAAAUGUCGUUGUACAUUCCAAAUGUUGCUUUGAAUUGUUUGGUUUCGACAUACUGAUUGAUACUGGCCUUAAACCGUGGCUUUUGGAGGUGAAUCUAUCACCCAGUUUAAGUUGCGACACCCCACUAGAUUUGCAACUGAAGUCUUCCUUAGUUUGUAAUGUUCUUACGCUUGCUGCUGUACCACUUGUUUCUCAGAAAUACACAGAAGGCCGAUUUCCCAAUUCUUCUGCUUUUUCUGCUUCAAAUAGGAAGAGGUAUAUGUCAAAAGAUGCAACAUUGUUCAUUGCUCAGCGUUUAAAGAGGAAAUCAAUCCGAUGUCUCUCACCUUCCUUCAGUCCAACGAAAAUUUACACAAACAAUAAAGAGCGUGCCCGAAAUAGCUUGGAAAGAUGGAAAAUGGAAUUUGAUCGUUUGGGUGCCUUUGUUCCAUUAUUUCCUCGUGAAAAUUCAUUCUAUCUUUAUAGCUAUUUAAUGGAAGAUUAUGAUACCGUCAACUGGGAUGCGCUCUUGUUCGAAAAUAUUUACGGCGAUGGAUUUCCUGACCCUUUUAGUGAAAAAACAAUUAAACUAGUGCAGAAAGAACUGAUGGAUUGCGAAAAUAUUGCGGAAAUAGCCUCCUUAUCUGAAUCGGUACGUGAGGCUCUAAUGCCAUCAUUAAAAAUGGCCGGAAGGUACACGUCAAGAAUGACUAAGCCGGGUAUAAGAUAUGCAAAUAAAUUGCCAAAGCUCCGGCCAGAAUUGCGUAAGAGAUCCGAUAGCUUUGAACAAACGGAAUCUAAAUUACGACCACUUGUAGCUAAUUAUGAUGAUGUUGUUUUUGCAACAAGUCUUCAAAUUGACCAUGCCUCUUUUGAAAAAUACAAGAAAAGUCUUCAUCCUGACGCCGACGAAAAUGCUGAACCAAUGAUAGCUAUGCAAUUUUAA